AUGCCACAGGAUCUGUCUGCCUUCGUCGGCCUGACACCCCCCGAGCAACAAUCUCUCCUCGUUCUAUUGGACAAGGACAGGUUCUUUGGACGAUUUGUGCUGGGCCCGACUUUUCAAGAUGACCAUUUCCGUGCCAUUAUCUCGCGGCUAUACACCGCCACGCCUCUGCUGAAAGACGCCUUCCUGGCAUGCGCUGGCAUCUCUGCGGACAGCUCAGCUCCAGGCAUACUGCAGCUCAACAAGACCUACUACUACCACAAAGCCACGUCAGGCCUUGGCACUUUUCGUUCCUUUCAGAUCACCAGUGCAGGAGAUAUAUCCCUCUAUUUAAGCCUCGCUCUGGCGGUCUUGACCUUCAACAUCCACGUGGUCGGUGGCAGCGCCUUCCGCGUAUGCAGAUACACGCUCCCUGCGCUCGCAUCUUUGAACGACUGCCGUGCGGAUAUUGAUCAUGACGAUUUCGCGUUCGUGGUUUGUAUUCUUCAAGUUGAACUCGUGGGGUGUCUGUUUCGGCAUGAAGUGCCCACCUUUAGAUUCCGAAUCCGACCUGAAGGCUUAAUGAACCGGUACCUAGGGCUUUCCGUACCGCUGCUUACCUACGGCUACGACCUCUGCGUCCUGUCCAACAAGCUCCACCACGCCGACAAAGACGACCGUCAGAGUCUGCUGAUGCAGUUGCUGUCUCUCGAAGCCAAAAUCUCUGCAUGGCGACCUACGCAUCCGUCUGACUUCCUGAGCCGAUAUUCCCAGGGGGAGGUGGCACAUAUGCUUUCCCAGGUGCAAAUAUUCCGUCAGAGCCUAUUGUUAAUCGCUCAUCGACUCCGGCAUCCUUAUAGAACUUUUGUGGACCGCUCUGAAGUACUUUCUGACAUGAUUUUCGAGCAGUUCGACUCUAUCUACAGCCUGGUCAACAGGUUGGUCGUGUCAAUGGACUUUGCCUUUCUAGUGGCAGCUUUCGAGGUUCAAGACCCAGCAAAACGACAAGAUGUUCUGGAAAAGUUGGGCCUAUUCAAAGAUCUCUCGGUAAAGUACCGGACGCGGCUCAAAUCAAUUCUGUACACUUUCUGGCAGACGGCAGAUGAGAAAUCUGGGCUGCAUUGGUUUGAUUUGAGUCGCUACCUGGCUCCAUAUCUGGAUUAA